UUCCAUCAUCGUCACUCGUUGAACGGGCGCUUACUCAACUCACUGUGACGAGCUAUUCUAUUUCCGCCCAAGAGUGUCCGAGUGCCAUAUCUUUUCAGAGAUGCAAGUUCGAGAUAUCCCCUGGGCCGAAAUUGAAUCAAUGGCCGAUCUCAUCCCGUCCCCUCAAUUCCCUCAGUCCCCGCAGCCAUCGGAGGUGACAGGCCUCACCAGGCGGAGACGGAGGCAAGUAAGUAGGGCCUGCGACGCAUGUCGCUUGCGACGCAUCAAAUGCGACGACGGCUCUCCGUGUUUCAAUUGCAAAAGCCGGUCACAGCAGUGUAGCAAUACCAGCACGACCAGGACAUGUACCCUCUCCCAAGCCCACGAAGAGAUAGAUCGACUGAGGCAGAGGGUUAGGGAACUGGAGAAUGAGCUCCAGAACCAUCGCAACAAUCCUUCUGCCGUCUUAAUAGGACGUAAUCCAGAACCCCUGCCACGAACCCCGGAUUCGCCGUCAACCCCAACUCCCGAUGCCGAGGGCGUCGGCCGUAAGAGACCAGCCAACUUGCUUCGGGAGGGCGCCCUCCUUCGACCUGCACGCUCACCCAGCAGUACUUGGUUUGGAACGUCAUCGCUCUACUUCUUCAUCCAUCGUCUCGGGGUCUUCCUUAGUACCGAAGUUGAACACGACCAGCCCGAUCAUAUGCUUCUACGCUCAGGACGGAGCGCCCCGCUGGGUAGCCGCUCGCCAACUUUUGUCGGUGACGCUUCUCGUCUUCUGAGACCUCUUGCCGACCAGUCCAGCCAAGGAGUUUAUUUGAACUCCAUUCAGGAAGAAUUCUUUGUCAAUUUGUUCUGGCAGACAUAUCACACCUCAGUUUUCGCCAUCGUCAACGAAGCCGAGUUCAAGAAAGCAUAUCAAGCACUGUACGUGGACGUACCACCGGGUCAUGCUCGAAAACCCUCGGCAUUGGUCGAUAUCGUUGUCGCCAUGUGCAUGCAGUAUGGCGCAUCUACUAUGCCCUCUGGCUGCCAGGGAAGGAUUGUGGAAGACAAUGACUCAACUACUGCUGGCCGAUGGCACUAUCGACGUGCACAGGCUUUGCUGGCAGGCGAAAUGGAAAGCCCGACGAUAUCAACGUUGCAAUGCCACCUGCUGUCGGCCCUAUAUGUUUGCGGCGCGUCGUUCCACAACAUGGCAGACAGCAUUGGCGGUCUUGCGGUGCGCACAGCCUACAUGCUCGGUCUUCACAUAGAUCCUUCACCGACAAUGGCGGAAGCGGAACGUCAACACAGAAGACGUCUUUGGUGGGCCGUCUACCUUCUGGACAGUAAAAUCGGAAUGAAGCUGGGGCGCCCUUUUCUGCUCCAUGGCUCAUACGCCAUGCCGCAACUUCCAGAUGACCAGCUUGGGACUUCCGUCUUGUCGGGUUCGACUUUUGCCCCUAUUGCGAGCAACGCGACCUGGUUGAGCUUCAGUCUUCACCAGUUGAACCUAUUCAGAACAGUGCGGGCAGCUCACAUAGCGUUGUACAGUCAGGACUAUGGCCUCACAGAUGAUAAGAGAAUGUGGGACGAUGCUUCGUCCCUGGAGAAGGCGGCAUCUCAGCUAUCUUCUCAUACACUCGCCCUCGACAAAUGGGCCGAAAAUGUGCCCGAUGCGCUCAAGACCAACCGCGCGACACAGGGCUGCCCACUCUCAACUGACGGCACGGCUCUCAUUUUUGAGCAAUACGCACCUCUCUGGCUCCAAAGACAACGGCUUCUUCUGGAACUGGAGUACCAUCACAUGUGCGGAAACCUCUUUCGCCCCUUUAUCUCAUUCGGCUCGGAGCCAUCGCAGGGCAGUCUGGCCGAGGCCAUGGCCAUCAGAAGCGUCGAUCAUGCCAUUGCGCUGUCAAAGAUCACCCUGCAGGCACUUUCGUCCACGGCCAUUCUGGAUGGAUGGCACGAGGCCUUCCAAUGGCAGUGGAAUGCGGCCAUCACUUUAGCCGGGUUCAUACUUGCCUCACCAAGUCAUCCUUCCGCAUCAUCAGCUAGAAAUGCUCUCGACCUCACCUUAUCCGUUUUUGAUACUUUCGGGGCAAGCUUCGGAACUGCGGCGAACGCCGCAGUAGUCGUCCGCAUGCUCUGUGAGAAGAUUGAUAUUGCGGCAUCCAUGUCCCGCUCAAAUGCUAGCUGGGACGCAUCUGAAGCUGCAUCUAACGAUGUACCAACUGGCCAUGAAGACUCAUCCGCAGGUGAUGGGUUCUCGGACAGAGUGGUUGAUGGGUCGAUGGAUAGUCUCUCUACCUUCGGGGGACAAGGUUUUGACUUCCUGCAACUGGCCGUUGGCGUAGAUGCCUGGGCCGACAUGGGCAUGUUCGGGCUAGGCGAUCUAAGUUUGCCGGCUGGAGUGUCUACGCAGAGUAACAGUUAAUUGGCUGGGCAAGUGUGCAAAUCAGGACAUCACGGCGGCAUGGAUGAAGAUGCGGUUGGAAGUUGCGCCGUUGUCGAUGGAAGCAAGGUUGAGCUCCUGAAGAGGGAACACAAGAGUAGCCUCCCACCUUACAAAUCGAUAGACC